GGGGGCCGCCGCCGCCCGGGGGCCCCGCGCGCCCGCCACGAGCCGCCCCGCCGCCUGCGCGGACAGCGCGCGGUCGUCCUUGGGGGGCUCCGCGGGCGGCGGCAUCUCGAGGUCCUCCUCCUCGACCUCCAUGGCGUCGUCGCCCACGUCGUCGUAGUCGAUGCUGAGCUUGCGCUCCCGGCGCGUCCGCGGGUCCCGCCGCCGCUUCUUCGCCGGGGGCUCCUCGCUCUCGAAGGGCUGGCCCUGCCGCGCGCGCCGCAGCGCGUCGUCGGCGGCCCCGCCGAGCUUUUCGCGUCGAAGCGCCGCUUCCAACUUGUUGGCGGCCGCGGCGAUCGCGCCUGCGCGGGCGCCGGGGCGUCUCGCCGCGUCCCCGGGACGCGCGACGCCCCCCGCGCGGCCCCCGGUCGACGUCCGCGCGGCGCCGCGCCCGUCGACGACCGCGUCCGCUCCAGCUCCGCGGCGUGGAGGGCCCGGCACGCCGCGCGGCUGUGCGACGAGUCCUUCUCGAGGGCCGCCAGGAUGGCCGCCACGAGCUCGCGGUGGCACUUGGCGAACUGCCGCCCGAGCGCCGCGGCCGCCGCGUCGAGGGCCGCCGCGUCGCCCGUCUCCGCGCGGGCCGCCAGCGCCGCGGCGUCGGCCUUCGUCGCCUUCGAGGGCCGCUUUCCGUCGGCCGCCGCGUCCCGGACGAGCAGCGCCACGACGGCGGCGAGCGCCGCGUCCCGGUGCGCGUCGGACUGGACCGCGUCGUCCCUGCCCGUCGCGGUCCGGCGGUGCGACGGGUCGACCGCGUUGCGCAAGCGCUCGCGACUGGCGUCGUCGACGGUCGCGGCCGCGAACCGCUCGUCGCCCAGCAGCCUCGCGGCGCCGCGGAGCGCCGCCGCGGCGACCGGCUCGUUCUCGUCGACGGCGAGCACGCAGCACGUGGCGAGCGCCGUCGACGCGCACUCGUCCGUGACUUGCAACUUCCCCCUGGCGACGACCGCGUCCACGAACUCGACGACGGCCUUGCGCACCUUCGCCGAGCGGUCGGCCGCGUAGCCCGCGACGCCCUCGACCACCUCCGCCACCAGGGCGCUGUCGCCGCGGUACGCGCAGAGCUCCACGAGGAGCGAGAUCUGCGCGGUCUUUUGGUCCUUGUUCGUCGCGGCGGCGGCCUUGUCGAGGACCGCCCGCGCCUGGCGGUAGACGGCCUCCAUUAUUGCUCGGCCCGUCAAUACGCCCCCGCGCGGUGGCUGGCUAGACAAAGCGUUCUGGGCUGGCAAGUUAACCCAGCGACAAGAAUUUGGGCUGUCCAAGGCUGCGUCGCAAAAGCG